UUUCUUUUCUCAUUCAUGAAGAUGUAGGGUUUUAGGACUUGGAGUUCUAUUUGAAUUUGCACCUCAUCAGGUGGAUCAGUAAUAUGAAGCAUCGUAUAUUCAACUGAUGUCCAGUAUGUUGUAGUCAUCUUGGUGGCUUGCAGUGGAUUCGAGGACGCACGUUUCGUCAUAUUUGAGACUCGUCAACCGGAUGUAUCUACACUCCAGUGAGUGUUGGUGUUUCCACUGAGACUCAAGCCCAGUGCUCAUCACUUCAAACGCCAAUGUGUUAUCCACUAGGCUACUGGGACGCGAAAGCCACCUCUUGUACAACCAGUACCAGUUGUUGUUUGAUACUUGUAAUUUCCCGUUGGUAUAUAGGGUCGAAUUGCUCGACCUCUGCUCAGUAACAUUGCCUGUUGACGGCCAGAAAUCUCACAGACAUUAUAAGUGGCGUAGCUUAUCUUGAUAAUCUAUCCCUUCUUGAAGGAUAAAUCAACUCAAACAGCAUUCAUAAAUCCAAUGCAGGGAAGGCUAACUAUCGCUUUCUCAACUGAUUUGUAAACAUCUCGGUGUAUUUUCGGAAAAUAUGUUUUCUCAUAAUCCUAGCCAUGAGCAGCAGACUUCGAAUUAUGAGGACUGCUUUGCCAGUACAUCAAAAGAAAACUCUAUCACACCCACCUUGUCUACAUUCAUCUCAAACACUUUGGACCAAUUACCUGAUGAGGAACUUAAACACCGUUUACAGUUUAUUUUGUCAAGCAAAGAGUCUGAGCUUGUCGAGUCUCAGUUGGCCUACAACCAAGCACAGAAUGAAGUUGUUGAAUCAAAGAAACAGUUAGCCAAGCUUGAACUGGAGUUAGUCAGUGUUAAAAGGGCUGCAGAAAUGUUGAUUGCUGAACACGAUGACGCACUAUCAACCUUGAAAAAACAGUAUGAUGAAGAAUUAUCUUCAUUGCUGAUGGCUUCCGAACAGGGUUAUCUACAUCAGUAUUCAGAAGAUCGACAUUUAAAUGACUCAUCGUGUUCUUUAUCAGAAAACACAAAUUGCGAAGCUCAAAAAUCUUCAGUUCAGUCAAUUGAAAAGAGAUCAGCUCAAAGUUUAGCCAAUCAAGCCUUCGAUAAAGUGGAGAAGUUAGUUAGACGUGUCAGCCAUAAAGCGCUAACAAAUAAUUUCAUUUUAAAUAAAUCCAGUUUGUCAUCUCUACUUUCAAAUCAAGAGAUUUACUCCAGUAAAGAAGAUCGUUUACGUGCUAUCAUAGAACCAUAUGAAGCAGAAAUUGCACGUCUUCAACAGAUUCUAAUAAAUUCUUCUACCCCAUUCAAUGUUUCAACAUCACGUCCUAGUAUGUUUAGCAAUGAGUUAUUAUCUUUUUUUAUGACUUCCUCUAUUGAGCAUUGUUUUAGGCUUCCUGAAUAUUGAUUUCAUCCUAUUGGUAUGAGGAUUUUAACAGUACAAGCAUUAAGUAGCGGGUAUAUUAUGAAUCCAUUUACAAAACCAUUCAGUGAUUAACUUUUGAUCGAUGCAGUGUCAGUGGACUAUUCACUAUAGAUGAUCGAUGUAAACUAGUAGAAUGUCGCUGAAUAAGCAUAUGUAGUCACGUGUAUUGUUUCGAUGCCCACGUGGUGCUCAACCUGCAACGGUUGUGUGAACUUCAAACCUUUGAUCUAUCGGUUGAAAGUUGAGUGCCUACACUCGAAUCGAAAGCCACUCAACAACCCUGUGCUUAUUCUUACAGUAGACGAUAAACCACACCUAUCGUGUGAGGGCUAGUGAUACUACUUGGCAGUUCAGACGUUUGCAGGUGGAGCUGGGUUAGAACCCAUGACAUACACUAGUGAACAGUAUACCCACGACGAAGUAUAAUGAUCACUUUCAACCACAAUCUAAUAAAUAAUUACAUGCCAACUUGUUUGGUAGUCUAUGAGUUGUGCAAAAAGUAUUGUAAGUAGCUUGGUCGAAAACGUGAGGUAGACAGCAUAAGGUCCACCAAAAUCAGAGGCCUAUCUUAACCGAGCAUUUGCAUUACCGAUCAACCUAUGCAUAUUCAAGCUGUACAAAAACUAACAGCCUAGUAAUGUAGUAAGCAAUCUUCUUAACCACUAUCAUGAUUCACAUACACUAGGCAUGGUAAUUUACAGUCAUUUUUGUAAGGCACAAUUAUAUGAAUAAUGUAACUGAUCAAUUACAUAGAGGUACAUGCAGAAACUAUGAGCUAGACCUGUUAUUGCAAAGCUACUAACACAACAUAGUUGUACAAAUCUAGCUUACUUUGAAAAAAGAUCCAGUACAACACAGUUACCAUAAAACACCCUAUACAUCGUAAUCCCAUCAUCAUCAUCAUCCAAAUCAACGUAGGACCAGGCAUUGCUGCGUAACAGUCCAAGUUGCCACAUCUCAUAUCAGUGCAUCAAGUAACAAUGCAAUAAAAUGCAAGAUG